AUGCGUGUGACGUCAAGUCCAAAUGUAUGUCGUACCUAUGACGACACCGAUGAUCCUUACUACAACCUUAUCAACCAACAAGAUUCUGAAAAUCAUUAUAACUACAUCCGCAACUGUAACUUAACAAUACACGUACGAAGUCACUGUUCAGCGUGUUUUCCAACCACGGAAGUAACAACUUUAACAGAAGACCCCACCACUGAAGUGCACACAACAACAGAAAACCAUACCACAGAAGAACACACAACGACAAAAGACCACACCACUAGGGUACACACAACGACAGAAGACCACACCACUAGGGUACACACAACGACAGAAAUAGGUGAGAUGACAACAGAAGACCGAACUACAACAAUAAAAGAUGAUACGACAACAGAAGACCGAACAACAGAGACAACAAUAGAAAGUUUGAUGACAGCAGAAGACGGAACAACAACAAUGAAAGGUGGUACGACGACAGGAGAGAAAACUACACAGACAACAAUAUAUAAAUAA